AAAACAAGAAAUGGGCCGGCCUAACUACACACAUCCAUCAUCUCGCAUAUGUACUCCUACCACGAAUGCUUAGGUCAAGACGUUCUAAUACACACUCAGUCGACGGCGGGAGAAUUUGAAGAACAAGCUAGAUUAUAUGGCUGCUAAGGGGGCAAUGAAAAAGAAAGCUACUAGUAAUAGUAAUAAAACUAAUUCUAGAAAGAAGCAGAAGAAGGAAAUUGAGCUCCCAAACCCUAAAAUUCAGGAGAAAGUUGUUGAUGAUGAUAUUAGUGGUAGCGAUGUCGAUAGCGAUGUCGAUGAUGAUAUGUUAGUUGAGCAGCAUCGUGAUGACAGUGAUGAUUCUGCUUCCGAUGCUUUGUCUGAUGGUGACCAACCUUUUACGGAUGAUUUUCUUCAGGAUGAUAAUGUCGAUGGAGAGAAGAGUUCGGAUUCUGAUUCAGACUCGGAUCACUCUGAUAUCGAGAGAAAAUCUAAAGCUAUCGAUGCUAAGAAGGAAAAAGAAGAGAAAGAAGCAGAAGCUGAACUUGUGGAUAAUAUUAAGGAACAAGCUGAUGAAGUCACAUUACCAACCCCGCAGGAACUUAAAGAAGAGGCGCAGGGACCUCCUGAUCUUCCAAGGCUCCAGCGCAGGAUUAAAGAAGUCGUUCGGGUGCUUUCGAAUUUCAAGACGCUACGUCAAGAAGGGGCAUCAAGGAAGGAUUAUGUUAAGCAGCUUACAAUGGAUUUGGCUUCAUACUAUGGUUACAAUGAUUACCUGAUUGAGGUCUUAGUGGAGAUGUUUCCUGCAGUUGAACUUGUAGAGCUUAUCGAGGCUUUUGAGAAACCUCGGCCUAUGUGUCUUCGAACUAACACUUUAAAGGCACGCAGAAGAGACUUGGCUGGCAUUUUGUUGAACAGGGGUGUAAAUUUAGAUCCCUUAAGCAAGUGGUCAAAAGUUGGCUUAGUUGUUUACGACUCUCAAGUACCCAUUGGUGCCACUCCUGAAUACAUGGCUGGUUUCUAUAUGUUACAAAGCGCUAGCUCUUUUCUACCGGUUAUGGCCCUUGCUCCUCAGGAAAAGGAAAGAAUCGUGGAUAUGGCAGCUGCUCCUGGUGGUAAAACAACGUAUGUUGCUGCACUUAUGAAAAACAGUGGUGUAAUUUUUGCCAAUGAGAUAAAGGAGAAAAGACUCAAGUCACUAACAGCAAAUUUAUCUCGCAUGGGAGUAACAAACACUGUUGUUUGCAACUAUGAUGGGAGGGAGCUACCCAAAGUUUUGGGCCAAAACUCAGCUGACAGGGUAUUGCUGGAUGCUCCUUGCAGCGGUACUGGAGUUAUAUCGAAAGAUGAAUCUGUCAAAACCUCCAAAAGUCUUGAAGAUAUACAGAGUUGUUGUCAUCUGCAGAAGGAGUUGAUCCUUGCAGCAAUAGAUAUGGUUGAUGCGAAUUCAAAAUCAGGGGGCUACAUAGUUUACUCCACUUGCUCCAUAAUGGUUGCUGAGAAUGAAGCUGUAAUAGACUAUGCACUUAAAAAGAGGGAUGUGAAACUUGUCCCGUGUGGACUUGACUUUGGGCGUCCAGGAUUUAUUAAUUACAGGGAGCAGCGAUUCCACCCAUCAUUAGAAAAGACAAGGAGAUUUUAUCCACAUGUUCACAACAUGGAUGGAUUUUUUGUUGCAAAGUUCAAAAAAAUGAGCAAUUCGAAGGCUGCCCCUGCUCCAACUACCGAACAGCCAGAAGGUGGGGAUGAAGUGAUCGAGCCCAUAGAUAGUGUGAUAAAAAAGAAGGCCGAGGACAAAGUAGUGCACCAUAGAAUACAUGAAAGCUCUACAAAAGAAAAGGUUCACCGCGAGAAUGGCAUUGCUCAGCAUGGAAAGGCUGAAAAUACAUUCUCUGGCAAAAAGAGAAAAGAGAGGAAACGCUUUUCUAGAGAGGAGAUAUCAAAAUCAAGAGAAGAGAAAAGAGCUGCUUUGAGGACAGCGGCAAAGGGAAAGCCUUUUUCCAAAGAGAAAAAAUUUGCGAAAGAGGCUCGAACUACCAAGUGACACUUGAGUUUUGAGUAGGUAAAGGAUUAAAGAUAAUCAAAGUUGCAGAUGUGAAUUCUGUCUACAGGGGCCUUGCUAAUCCUCCAUAUUUAGGUUAUUAUAGCAUAAUUUAAUGUAUUAUUUCAGAAAUGUACUGUAUUGAUAUAGAAAGGAAGUUUGUGGGGUUGUAAUAUGUUUGUGAAGAUGGGAAGAGAAGAAUUGUUGCUCCACACUCUGCUGGGUGUUAGUUUGUGGCCAAUGAGAAUGGGAAAUCAUAUGGUUAUUAAACAUAAAUGAGGAUCCGCGUGAGAAUGAGAGUUAUUGAGUUCAGCCAUAAGACGAUAAGAAUGAUGUAUGACAGUCGGGCAUCCGCCGUGAGGUAUCUAGUAUGUAGCAGCUUUAGCUACUCCAGUACUUUGUCAGUGCAAAAUUACUGGAAGAUUUUAUGUUUCAGUUUGAGUCUUGUUUUUUCUCGUGAUUGAACAGUUUUGCUUGUCAGUUCAAUCCUUUGAUACAAAAUGCUCUGUAGUCAGUCAUUGUUCUCAUUUAACUGUAGUAGUUUUAGAAGUUUUUGAUUGUUUACUGUAACAAUCAACACUCAUUUUUAAAUUAUAUACUCCCUCCUUCCAACUAA